AUGGCGGCAUGGUUGCUUCCAAAGAAACGGGCACCUCAGCCAGGCUCGAUCGGAAAGAAAUGGGAUAAGGAUGAAUUACUGAGAUGUGGAGCAACAGGCACGGCUCAGAGAUACAAACUCGGCCUCAGGGGCGAAAUCCACCCCGUCUUUCGCAACUGGCGCAAUACAGGGUCUGCAUUGCACAAAGAGCUGGAACAGCCUCUGCUGCUCGCGAGUCGUCUUGUGGAAAAUGCUGGGCUGGAAUGGGUAUCUGACUUUGUAAUCGACGACAUCUUCGAUGAACGGUAUCCUGGUCAAGAGAACUGCGGCUGUCCUGGACCAAGCUCUACCCACAAAACACUAAGAACAGUUGUAAGGCACCAUCGGGCCGAGUGGGCCACGCCAGAUCUCAGGAGAACCUGGGUCGCCGAAGCAGCUGAGGAGUUGAGAUUGGGGCUAGCCAGGUCGAUAGAAUGGCAACUCGAUGCGAACAUGUUCAAGCGGAAAGGCUGGACCGGGUAUACAUGUCGACAUCCGAGAGGCCAUACGUCGCUGGACGAGAUCGACGAACAUAGAUUGAUCAAGGAAUGGGACCGGCGGGCUAGGAUGGAGGGAUCGAAGCAUCGGAACUUGACCUUGAUGCUAAUGACAGAGUACCCAGAGAGAAUGAGCAAACUGCCGAAGGAUAGUGAGGAAUACCUUCUGACGGCUUUUAUGACUGCUAUUACAAUGGUACAUAUGCUCGGCCACGCCAUGUUCUGGAGUAAUUUUGACUCUCUUACUAAAAGAAUGAGCGAGCCAUAUUAUGGAGCUGAUCUAGAGAUGGGAUUAGGAAGCAGUUUCGUUGCUCAUAUUUUCGGAGGCUGGGUGCCCGUACCUAUUAUGGACACCCUGAACCUCGCACAAGCACCGACUUUCAGAUCAGGUAUUGCGUGGAAGCAGUUCUUGACAUGGGACUAUCAUCGAUUGCGGCCAUUGUACAGAGCCCACUAUUCAAUACCUGUAGAAUACGUUAGUCAGCUGUUCAAACAGAAUAAUUGGGAGAUGCAUGGUAACAUGAUGGCACUGUUGCGCCCUGAUUCACUUCACGCACGCCAGCCGAGCAUCGAAAUGACCGGAAAAACAAUGCUAAAGACUCCCCAUGCGGCAGCAGCUCUGGCCGAUUACCGUCCUGAUGGCGAAGGCUGGGUGUGGAGUGGCAGAGAAGGAGCGCCAUUCCGCAUACCACAGUACGAUGGAUGCGUGUGGCCUGACAUAGACCUUCCUAUAGCCACGAUCGAUGUUCUCAACGAACCUCAAGCAGUAGACCUACGCCGUGGUGUGCCGCAUUUCUCUCGCUUGUUGGGUAAGAAAACUGAGCGCAAGACUCCUCGGGACGACAGCCCAACAUUAGGUUGCUGUCUGGCGCUAGACCUCGAGACCAGACCAGAGAACCAAAUUCCAAGAUUACAGAAGAACACCUUACCAGAAGAGUACUUUUCUUUGCAGCAUAACAGUGCGGAAGACGCCAGCUUCGACACAGAGCGAUGCGAAAUUACGGUGGAAGAAUUGAAGAAGCGUUUAUCGCGUUUGAUAGGAGGGUCAUUUGACGAACUCGACCUGCUCUUCCAGAACUUCUAA